CAUGGAGAGCCGCUCACACGUCUUCCAGAUCUCUGGAAUCAAGAACCGUGAUGAGAAGAGAGUUUUGGUCCAGGGAAUCCUGCAGCUGGGUGGGAAAUACAUUGGUGGCUCAGAAAGUGGGUUGUGACUCCAGACUAUGUGUUGGACAGUGUUAAGAAUGGUUCCUGGCUCGCAGAGAAACUCUAUGAGGUGGCCAUUUCCACGGGCGCCUCGUCUGCCUUCUACCCCGUCAGGCAGUGGCGGAAGAACGUGGUCAGUGGCAGACUAGCAGGAGCCUUCCAAGGGUGGAAGGUUCUCCUCAUGGUCCAAGAGCCCGCCCGCAGAGCCAUGUUCAAACGGCUUCUAGUAGCUGGCAAGGCCGAAGUUUACAACAUCCCCCCUCCCUCUCAUGCCUCUAUCACUCAUGUCAUGGCUAAACCCAUGACAGAGAAGUCCAAAUCCCACAAUGCUCCUUGCUUCCCUGUGAGCCACAUUGUCCAGCACCUGUUUGGGAGCAAUUGUGCAGAUAUGCAUUUCAACGUAACAGGUAAUCAUCCAGGAUUGAUGAUGAUGAAGACCAGCUUUGUUGAUGUUGACUUCUCUAAUUUGGAGACGGAGCUCAGGACCCAUGUCAUCAAACAGGAGGGCCGGCCGAGACUGUGCUUCCUUGAGUUCCUGGGUUACCAUGACCCUUACCGUCUACAGUCACAGGCGACAGAAACCGACUUCAGCAAUGUCGGCAGUAUGAUAGAGUGUGGUCUCUUUGCUGAAGCCUUGGACUCAAUCAGAAAUGCGAUGUUUCCUGGUUUCCUGCCACCAGCGUCGCACCUGAUCUCCCUCUUAGAAUACGCACAGCAGGGUAGCGCCACGUCUGUCUUCCGAAGAAAUUUCCUGCAGGUCAUGUAUAACCUGCUCUCUACCAACCCACCCUGGCUGCCUCCCAGCAGAGUGAGAAAAUACUUCUCCCAGGUGCUACAGUGUCCUCGGUGUAAGACGGGCCUUUGGCCUUUUCUACAGACGAACAUCAGUUACUGCCUGUCCAGUGAGGUCACUUGUCACCCCCUCCCCGAACUUGCUGUGCCAACGAUGAUACGUUUCCAUAGUGACCUCGUGGCAUUUGUCCUCAGACUUUUCCAGGGGGAGCUCCACUCUCUCACCUCAGGGGAUUUUGUGCUGGCUCAGGGAACAGGAGUUUCUCAGGCAUCAGCGUCAGGAUCUUUGCUAUAUGGAACGUUCUGGACCGUGUGGGAGCGCUCCACUCUGCUCUCUCAAGCUGUGAAACAACUUACUCAGCUCAUAGUUCAGGCUGCCACUGAGGACUACGCUGAGAGGGAUGAGAGGCAGAGGCUGCAUUUGGCGAACACCCUGCUGGACCUCCUGUCUGUGCUGGUGGAGUUCUGGUGCCAGCAGCAUUUCAAACUGAACCAGAACCUGGUGGAAAAUGGCCUGAGUAACCUGGCAGAGCACUUUGCCGUUGUCAGCCAGGAUUUAUCUCCAGAGGUUCUGGCGGAACUCGUUGUCAGGGUUUCCUCUACCAGACUUAAGUUGGCGAUGACCGAUGCCAUAUUCAGAAAUCUCUGUUGCAGAAAUGGAUUUACUGUGGGGGAUGAACCCCUCUCUCUCAAGAAAAUGGUGCUGUCCUACCUGCCUGCUCUGGGAAGUUUAGCUCAGAGCCCCGGCGGUGCUCGCCUCAGGACUGCACCCACCCCCCACAGCUGCAGCAGCCAGGAGACUGACUGCAGAACCCAGAGCUCUUUGGUGAAUGAAACAAGUCUGGAGAAAGAGAACAUCCCCCGGGGUUUGAACAGAGUCAAUGCAGCAGGAGAGACCCUCCUCCACAGGGCUUGCAAGAGGAACCAAGUGGAAACUGUGCUUCAGAUCCUGGCGCUUCCUGGCACGGACGUCAACGUCGAAGACCACGCAGGCUGGACGCCGCUGCAUGAAGCGUGUAAUCAUGGCAGCGCUGCAUGUGUGGAGGCUUUGCUACGUCACCGCCCGGUGCCUGUGCUUCACAACCAGGUGGCUGGAGUUAGUCCACUUCACGAUGCCCUGCUCAACGGACACACGGACAUAGCCAAAAUGCUCCUGGAGCACGCAGGCUCAGUUCUCCUCCAGCGGACUGAUGGAGACGGGCGGACCGCGCUGGAUCUGGUCCCCGGAACAAGUCAGAGGGAGGAGCUCCUUCACAGCGCGGAGGUCGGAGACUCGGCCCUGAGAAACCAUGCCACGGAGGUGCUGAACCUGCCCCUGCUGGAGGUCGGAUCGUCUCUGCUGCUCCACUUAAUUUUCUCCUACCAGCAGGAGAGGGGCCUGCCAGGCCCCGCGCAAGCCAGCGACAAGGCCCACAGCCUGGGCUACCGGCUGGUCAGGGCCCUGGAGACACACUCGCACCGAGAAGUGACCUUGGGCUGGACGGACCCGCGCGCGGUGAGGCUUGUGGAAGACGUGGAGACACUGUUGGAGCUCCGCAGAGGGAUGUACCUGGGGCAGGUGUCCCAGGCCAUUAAAGAGUGCAAAGGACAGAACACACUGUUCCUAAUGGAGACACUGGAGAAUCUAAAGUCUCGGGCAGAAGCACACGUGACUGAUCUCUGACGCAGGCAACAGACAAUGCACAUAAAAAUACCUAACGGCACAACUUGAUUGACAUUUUAACCAAAGGGCAUUUGUGCCAGUUUUAUACAAAUGGUUGAUUACAUGGUCACACGAUUCACUGACGCUUACAAAGCAACUUCUGGCUUUCUGUCAAUGACUGCCUCCAAAAUGGACUUUCUUCCCAUUCAGGUCAUUGGGCAAGCCUGUGAUUUUGAUAGAAGCACAUUAGACGGAUGUUCAUUUAUACAGAUGACAUUUUAUAUUAAUUUGACUGCCAUUGUAAUAUGCUUUGGUUAUAUUCUGCUUCCUUGUUCUGGUUUGAAAUGAUUUAUACUUUGUUGACUGUUAUCAGUUGCAUGGUUUCAUGGCACCGCUGACUGUUACUACCUCAAGUUUUCAUUCUCUAAGCGUUCGAAGAUAAACUUGCUUUUCCACGUGUUGAUAACUAUUAUUUAUAAGACAAUAAAUGAACAGAAAUGUG